UUUGGGCUUUCACAAACACAACCAAUCCUCACAAUCCCAAAAGAAGCAAAAACCCAUCAAAUUUUUUCUUGUUUUAGGCAUUGCUUAAUCUGUUCUUCAAAUCCCUCUCUUCCUUAGCUUCUACGCAUCAUCCACCAAACAUUCAAUCCCUAAACUCCACAACUCUUAUCUUAUCAUGUGAAUCAAUAUCUAUCUAUCUCCUUAUUGUUCUUCCUAAGAUGGUCGAAAUUUCAAGAACAUCAAAGAAAAAUCCGUUCUUGACCACAAAUCAAAGAAAAAACACCACUUUUUACUUCAAAUUCUUUCUUUCCGCUUCUCUUUCCUUCUAUUUCUUCACUUUUUUCCUCCUUACCCAUAAUCCCAAUCUGGGUUUGAUCCAUCAUCAUCAUUAUGUCUCUAAUUCCAACGCCUUUGCCUCUAAAGCUCUCGUCCAAUCCGAACCCAACGAUUUCAAACUCUUUGUCUACGAUUUGCCGCCGGAGUUCAACGCCGAUUGGCUUUCCGACGGCCGGUGCGGCGGCCAUUUGUUUGCCUCCGAGGUGGCAAUUCAUAGAGCCCUGUUGACAAGCAGGGUUCGGUGUAUGGACCCUUAUGAGGCGGAUUUCUUCUUCGUUCCUGUUUAUGUUUCGUGUAAUUUUAGCUCCAUUAAUGGGUUGCCGGCUAUUGCUCAUGCUCGCCCUCUUUUGGCCUCCGCCGUGGCGGCUAUCUCUCGUGAAUUUCCGUUUUGGAAUCGGAGCGGCGGCGCCGACCAUAUCUUUGUCGCUUCCCAUGACUAUGGCGCUUGUUUCCAUGCCAUGGAGCAUGAGGCUAUGGCAGAUGGGAUACCGCAAUUCUUGAAGCAUUCGAUCAUUUUGCAGACUUUUGGAGUUAAAUAUAAGCAUCCAUGUCAGGAUGUUGAGAAUAUUCUUAUUCCACCUUAUAUUCCACCGGAAUCUGUGGAAGAAUCCGUCGUCCACGGCCGUCGGAGAGACAUAUUCGCGUUUUUCAGGGGAAAAAUGGAGGUAAACCCCAAGAACUUCGGUGGCCGAUUCUACGGCAAGCGGGUUCGGACUUUGAUUUGGAAGAAAUUUCACCGGCACCGGCGGUUUUACAUCAAAAGGCAGAGGUUUGCUGGUUACCGGUCGGAAAUAAGCCGGUCGGUUUUCUGUUUAUGUCCUCUAGGGUGGGCCCCGUGGAGUCCGAGAUUGGUUGAGUCGGUUGCACUUGGUUGCGUGCCGGUUAUCAUAGCUGAUGGUAUCCGGUUGCCGUUCCCCGAUGCCGUGGACUGGCCGGGAAUAUCGUUGACUGUGGCGGAGAGAGACGUCGGAAAAUUGGGGAGAAUUCUUGAACGUGUGGCAUCGACCAACCUCUCCACCAUUCAAAACAACCUCUGGAACCCCAAAAAUCGGCAGGCCUUACUAUUCCACAAUCCUAUCCAACCACAUGACGCCACGUGGCAAGUAAUUAGAACCCUGGCAAAGAAGUUGGAUAGCUCGUUUAGGAGUUCGAGACUUCCAAACCAGUUGAAGAACGACACGUAGGAUGCCAGAUGGACUUCUUUCGUUAGAGGUAAAAGAGGAGUUUUUUUUUAUUAUUAUUUUUUUUUUGGUUUCACGAGUACGGCUGGACAGUACUAGUUGGGCGGUGGGGACACGUGGCAGAGUUUUCUCCGUGGGUGUAGUUAAAA